AUGAAUGAACAAAUACCCAAAGAUCUCAUUAUUUAAUUGAACCAAACAAGCCUUUCAUUAAUCUCAGACAUGUAAGGGAUCUUAACACACUGGAAAACGAAGGAGCUCGACAAACAAUUCCCAAAAGGGUUUUCUGACUUUAUCAAAGGUAACUUUGCUUGAUUAACCUAUAGUUUCUCCGAAGAGUCAUAAAAUAAUUCAGCAUAAUUAGAAGUUAAACCUUGCCAAGAGCUCAAAGAAAGACAAAUCUUCAAAGAAUAAUGUAAGCAAACUGUUAAACCUCAAAUCUUUAAGACAAAAUAAUCCAGUGAUUAAACUAAAUUAUGAAGAGAAAUAAACCGAUUAAAAAAUUUAUGCAAGCAAAGUAGUCAAAAGCUUGUCUUUACUGUUAACAAGAGACCAGAUUCAUCAACAUUAUGUCCAUGGUAGUCGUUGUAUAGCCUUGUUGGUGUUUCAAGAGCCAGAUUUACCUAGAAAGAUACAAACUCAGUCUUUUUGUGAAGACAACUUUCAGCUUACUAAUUGACCCGAAAUCUGGUUAAAGCCUUUUGUACCUCAAUCUUCCAGGAAACUAAACUUAGAACAAAAGAGUAAGCUCAUCUCAAAAAAGUCUUCAGAUGGAAGCAAUGAGAUAGAAUAGUAUGUCUAAAAUUCCCAUCAUAAAUUUCAUAAAAUUUUGCAUUUUGGUCAAGAAAAAUUAGAGUAUUUUAUGAAGAAAUACAAACUUAGGAAGAGAAAAUGUUAAAAGAAAGAUAUCAUUUGCCUUUCUCCCAUUAUCGCAUCUUCAGAGCUUCUCAAUCUAAGAAGAAGUUAGUUCUGUCUUCAGUUUUUCUAAAUGAGCCAGCUUUUAAGUACUCCAGAGACACACAGAGACCGAAUAAUAGAGACAUUUACAUUAUGUCAAGGGAGAAAGGUGCCAGAUCUUAAUGGAAGAAACUUGAGCCAAAAUUGGAAACAGCCAGACAAAAUUUCAGAUUUUCCUUAAGAAUCUGAACAAAGAAAAAAUAUACCAAACUUUGAAAAUAUUGAAAGCCCAAUGGAUGGAACUGAUGCACUGUCUGAUAAUCGAAAUGUAAGCUAUUCUUAGAAAAAACUCUGUAUUUUCUCUAAUAUCUCUGUUAUCUCAACCAUGUCCCAAGAGGCCAUUCAUUUCACCCAAAUAUGCGCUCUUUACUACCUCUAAAACACUUACUCA